AUCCUAGCUAGCACGAGUAGCUGUCAGAGAACCGAGAGUGGACGAACGGGCGGAGAACCGAGCCGUUACACAGACAGCAGGCAACCGGUACCGGUUCCUGCGGUCACCGCAACAUGGAUCGUAGCACAACCCAUCGGUCCCUGGUAGAAGACGGAGAGCUUGAAGACGGAGAAAUCUGCGAUGAUGAAAUCGAAGAGAGCGUUCCGUUUCGGCGGGGGGAUGGGAUGAGGAGGCCCCGCGGCCGAGGUCGGUUCAGAAAACCGCACCAUCAACCGCACAAUCUGCGGCCUCUCCUGGGCCUCUCUCCUCCGGACUUUCACCUCCUGAUGCCCUUUAACCCCGGACCUCAUCUCCUCGGCCCGUUCCCCCCAAACCUGCCCGACAGGCCUCCGCCGGCUCCGCACGGGAUGCUGCUCCCACCGCCUCCCGGACUCCGUCUACACGGUGAGCCGAACCCACGGUCCAACUUCUGGGAGCGGAGCCACGGAGCCCUGGGACGGUUCAGACACCGGACACCGAACCGUCGACGCGGCUCCUGGUUCCGAGGUGCCAUGGGGGGGAACAACAUUACUCCCCCAGGUUGGUUCGGGCCCGGACCCGAAGACGUUCAGAUUCACAACUCCCAAGCCUCGAGAAAACAGAAGCAGGUUGAGUGGAUCUGGCCCAGAAAACCAUCUUCUGGUCCCCCCAGAACCGAGACCAGCGUGGAUGAGAGCUUCGAGGAACUGCUGUUCAAAUACAAGCAGAUCCAGCUGGAGCUGGAGUGCAUCCGCAAGGCUGAGACCAUGGCGCUGGAGCCGGCACUAGAGCCGGCGGCGUCCCCCGUGGAUGCUGCCGCUGCUUCGAUAGAAACCAGACUGGCACCAGAACCGGAUCUAGCAGCAGAGCAGCAGCUGGAGAAGGAAACCAAGAAAGUGUUUCAGGCGUUCAACAUCAAACCCCUGCAUCAGAAACUUCCCACCCCAGCUGAACUGGACGAGCUGCACAGGAAGUGGACGGGGCCUGACACAGGAGGCGGUGCUGACGGUUCAGAACCGGGAAGCUCGGAAGCUGCCCUACCAGAAGGAGACGCCGCCGCCGAGGAGAAGCCGACGAUGUCCUGCGACAAGGAAACCAGUCGAGAAGAGAAGCAGAACGUUGGCUCCCACGUCAGUGAAUCGUCCGUCUCCAGUGAGGAGUCGACCGUCUCACCUGACAAGCCUGUGGAAAAGAUGGAGGAGGAGGAGCUGUCUGAGCUGCAGCUCCGCCUCCUCGCGUUGCAGUCGGCCAGUAAGAAGUGGCAGCAGAAGGAGCAGCGGGUGAUGAAGAGGAGCAAAGACCGGCUAAUCAAAGCCCCCCAGGACAAGACCUCCAGCUCAGCUUCAGGUUCUGUAGCAGCUCCAGCUGACAGGCCUCAGAGAGUCACCACCAGGUCCGCUUCCUCUGCCGCCGCCGCUGCUGCUGCAGACCGGAGCAGGAGCAGGUCCAAACCUGCAGACCGGGACCGGAGCAGGCCAGCUGACAGAGACAGAACCAAACAGAGUCCCAAGCCUGGUCCCAGAGUCCAGCCCGACCGGGCCCGGACUCCAGGAAAACUUCAAAGCGCCAAAAACCUGAUCAGCCAAGGCUCAACAGCGAAGCAGGCGUUCAGGAAGCAGCAGCUGCACACCUGGAAGCUGCAGCGGCAGAGGAAGCAGGAGGAGAAACGGCGGCAGGAGGAGGAGGAGCGCCGCAAGCGUGAGGACGAGAUCCGCCGCAUCCGCGACCUGUCCAAUCAGGACGAGCAGUACAACCGCUUCAUGAAGCUGGUGGGAGGGAGGAGGACGCGCAGCAGGUCCAGAGACCAGGACCGCAGGAAGUCUGCGGGCAAACCGGGCCUGGAUGCCUCAGGGAACCUCUACCAGUACGACAACUAUGAUGAGGUUGCCAUGGAUACGGACAGUGAGACCGGCUCGCCAGUGCCGUCACCGACGCAGAACUUCCUGUCAUUGGAUGAGAUGGGAUGUUUCCCUCCGCUGGGCCUGUAUGGAGCAGAGUCUGCAGCAUACGGGAUGCCCUUCAUCCACCCCAUGCUGUCUGGUGUUCCUCCCCCACCUCCUCUCCCUCCCCCACAAGAUGAGCUGGAGCCUCCCCCGAAGCCUCCAUUUGCUGAUGAAGAGGAGGAGGAGGAGAUGCUGCUCAGGGAGACGUGUCUGAUGUCAAUGGCCAAUAAGAGGGUGGCGACAACAGAGAAGAGCUCCAGUGGUCCUCCAUCUCCGACGUGUCCUCCUCCUACAGACAUCCAGCCCCCGCCCAGAGGGAACCUGAGCACUGUCAGCCUGAACACGGUUCCUCAGACCCGGAGCAGCAGGUUCAACAGAACUCCCCAGGCUGCCAGAGGUCCAUUGGUGCUGCCUCGACACAAGGCAGUGGUGGUUUCUCUCGGAGACUCUGACGACAGCGACUCGGACGUUGACGCCUGCAGCUCCUCUCCGAUGGUCUUUGGAGGUCUGGAGUUUAUGAUCAAAGAGGCCCGGAGAACGGUGGAGGCAGCAAAGCCAAAAGCGGCACCAGUUAGUGAGAAGGAGAACAACCCGGUCAGAACUCCAGAAGCUCUCCCUGAGUCCAAGAAGGCUGAGUACCGACUGCUGAAAGAAGAAAUCUCCAGCAGGGAGAAUCAGAGGACUCUGAGGGAUCACAGCUCACCAGCCACAUCGGAACUGGUUCUGGAAUCGUCCCUGAAACAGGCUGCACAACUCAGGGUGAGCGAGGCAGAACAGAGACUCAGUAAGCACAGGGAGCUGCUGCAGAGGGACGAGAUAGUUCUCAGACAUCUGCUGCAGCAGGAGCUGAAGAAGGCGGAGUCUCUGAAAGCGACAGAAGCCAAGGUGGCCAAACUGAGAGAGCAGCUGCAGGCGUCAGAGAAGAUCCUUACUGCCAACAGGACGCUGCUGAAGAAGCUGCAGGAGCAGGUGCAGCGUGUCGAGCACCGCGUGUCCUUGAAGAAGACACUGGAGGUUCAACUGGAGCAGGAACUGAACCAGGCACAGUUGACUGCCAGCAGAAGAACCAAACGGCCAACGGACUCCAGUCAGACUGCGCCCGGUAAGCUGCAGCGUCUGGACGCGGUUCCUCGUGACUCCGAGCGCCACUUCAGCGAGCUGAUUGCUCAGAAACGGCGGCUGCAGCAGCUGGAGUCCGAGUACGCCCUCAAGAUCCAAAAACUGAAGGAGGCUCAGGCCCGGCGCAACAAAGGAGUCCCUGCAGAACCCCCCACAGAGCAGUUAGACCCAACCUCCACCCCCCUACCGGACCCUAAGAACCGACAGCCGCCCUCUUCCAGUCCGUUCCACCUGCCCCAGCCCUCCCUACAUGACCUGUCCCAGGACAAACUGGUUCUGGACAGCGAGGAUGUCCCGGACGUUGAGGAUCAGGAACCAGAACUUGCUGCUGCAGCGAAGGGCAGCCGCCGCAACUCCCUCCGUCAGUCCAGCAGCUCCUUUACCAAACCCCACCUGGAUACUCCAAACUCCGCUCCCUCUAAAGACGAAGCCAAACUGACCAAGAUGGCGGCCAGCACGACGCUCCCUGCAGAGACGUUUGCAGGGUUGGACGUAGACGGUUUGAAGAGGAGGUACCAGCUGCAGGCCCGGUUGGGAGAUCUGCUGCAGACAGAGCUGCACAGACUGGGGGAGGACAUGAACAACACCCCCACUGCACAGGUGAUCCAAGUGGAGGUGGAACCAACGAGCCAAUCGGUGGUCUCCGAGCUGAAACCCGUCUCGUUUGAAGUAUACUGCAGUCCGCUGCGGGUCUUCAAGUCCUACAGGUUCAGUCCAUAUUACAGAACCAAGGAGAAGUUGUCCCUCAGCUCGGUGACCUUCAGCAACACCAUUGAACCAAACAAGUGUUUCUGCCGCUUCGACUUGACGGGAACCUGCAACGAUGACGACUGCAGGUGGCAGCACAUGAGGAACUGCACUCUGAGCGGGAAUCAGCUCUUCCAAGACAUCCUGUCAUACAACCUGCUUCUGAUUGGCUGUUCUGAGAGCAGCUUGGACCAGGAAGUCAGCACCGCCACAGAGGGCUAUUUGAAGAAGCUGUUCGGUCCAAACAAAGACCGGAUGGGGGUGGACCAGAAGGCCGUCCUCCUCGUCAGUAAAGUCAACGAAAGCAAACGGCAUGUUCCUCCGUUCACCACCUUCAAAGACACGAGGAGGUGGAGGCCGAAGCCCGCGACACAAAGCACUGCCAGCCCCGAGGAUGAAGGCAGUGAUGAGACUUCAGCUGGAUACCUGAUGCCUGCAGGAGGAGAGGACAUCGUGAGCAUCAGCUCGUCUGCUGUGGACGUUGUCACGUCUGAGGACAGGCGGUACUUCACCAGUGAGACGGACGACAUCUCAAACCUGGAGGCGAGUGUUCUGGAGAGUCCUCGAGACACUCAGCUGUGGAUCAAACUGGCUUUUAAGUACCUGAACCAGAGUGAGACCUCUGCAGCAGAGAGUCUGGAGGCAGCUCUGAACACGCUGUCUCGUGCUCUGGAGAGUAACUGUGAUGACCCCGAGGUGUGGAGUCACUACCUGUCGCUGUUCUCUAGGCGUGGCAGCAGGGAGGAGGUGCAGGAGAUGUGUGAGAUGGCGGUGGAGCACGCCCCCGACCACCGAGUGUGGUGGAGCUACCUGAACCUGGAGAACUCGUAUGAGGGGAAGGACUACGUGUGCGAGCGGCUGCUGCACUUCCUGCAGGCCGAGGCAGCAUCGGGCGUGACGGAGAAACUGUCCUUCCAGCUGAUUGAGGCGCUGCUCUACAGAGUCCAGCUCAGUCUGUCCACGGGCCGGAUGGAGACCGCUUUAGCCAUCUUGCAGACGGCCUUGAAGUCAACUCAGGACCACAGCGUUGCCGACCACCUGACAGCCGAUGACCGGGCGCUGCUCUGGCUCUCCUACAUCCACCUGACAGAGUUUGACCGGCUGCCGUCCAGCCUGUACGACCCGGCUGAGUUCGGCCCGGCACGACUGACUUGCAAAGAGUCCUUCAUUCUGCCGUGGAGGACUGCGCAGGACAUCAGCACGCCGUCUGACAUCCUUGUUGCUCUGUUUAAAGAUGCUGUCGUUCAGUGCAGCGAGGAGUCCAGGUCCGACAGCGAAAACACGCUGGCCUGCAUGCCGCUGCACACCAACCUCCUCUUCCUCUACAGACUGCUGCAGAGGUAUGAUGAAGGUGUGACGUUGUGCGAGUCUCUGCUGGAGUUCCGUCCCGACUCGUGCAUGCUACGUGACUCUCUGGCUGACCUCCACAUCAGCAGAGGAAACUCUGAGCAGGCGGUCAACAUGUGGCUGCACACUCUGGCUGAGUGUCCCCACAACGCUCAGGUCUUCUACCACUGCUGCAAGUUCCUCAUGACACAGGACAAAUCGAGCGCCAUCCCUCCGCUGUUCCGAGGGUUCAUCCUGUCACUCUGUGAGGACGAGCAGAGUCAGAAGACUCCUGUGGAUGUGCUACGUUACGUCCUGGGCUUUCCCACCGAAGAGCUGCUGAGCGGUCCCAUCAUCAGGAAGGAGCUGGAGGAGCAGCUCCAGCAGCAGAUGUCAUACCUCCACCUGCUCCACUGUCGCUGGGUGUGGCUGCACGGUACCGUGGAGGAGGCGGCGGAGGCGUUCGAGCGAGCUCUAGGCUCUGUGCUGCAGCUGGAGGAGCUUCGCACGCUGUGGAUGGACUACCUGUUGUUCAGCUGCAGUCCACAUGCUGGCGCCGCCUCCCAGAGACUGUUCCCAGACCUGGUCCAGCGCUGCCUCAGCACGGUGCCGACCCGGCUGGAGCUUCCCUUCAACUCAGCAAAGUUCUGGAGCUGCUACAACUUCCACAACAAGGUGGUGUCUCUCUACCUGAGGUUUGUUCCAAAGUCACAACGAGCUUUGGUUCUGGAGAGACUUCGAAACGCCAUGCCGACCAACGUUGAGCUGGGCCUCAGGUUGUUACAUCAGGAGUUUCUGGAUGGAAACAUGGAGCAGCUGAAGUUUCAGGCCCGCAUGCAGAGCAGCAACGCUCCCAGAUGUUUGUCCAGUUGGAGAAUAGCCAUCGCUACGGAGCGGGAGCUGAAGGAGCGAGGCCAGAUGCGACUUCUGUAUCAGCAAGCUCUGCAGAACCUUCCGCUGUGUGCCGCCCUGUGGAAAGAUUGGCUGCUGUUCGAGGCGGCAGAGGGCGGAGCCUUGGAACACCUGAGGCGACUGGUUGAUCGCUGUCAGCAGGCGGGGGUCAGCGUGAGUGUCGGGGCGGUCGAUCUGUGAUCAGACUGAUAGUAAAACUAAUCUGACUGAUUGACGAGGUAAGGCCACGCCCCCACCCCGCUUCUCCCCGCCCCUCUUCUCUCACAGUGUCUGUAAGUAUCAGCUGCUGAGUGCCGCCUUUGCUCUUCAUCACCUUCUCUUUAGUUGCUCUCACCUUUCAGUUGGACUCAUUUCCCUCCCUUUUUUAAUUCACUCGCCUGAGAAUGGAGGGGCGGGGCAACUUAACAUGCUCCACCCCCCUCAACUCUUCCCACACACGUUUUAUGUUUGUCAGAAGAAAUCAGGAAGUUUUAUUUGUUAAACCGAUCAAAGUGAGAAGCGAUCAGUAUUUGUUCAAGUAUCUGUGGAGCGCAGCCGCCCGCCAGCGUUCUGUUUUCUGAUUGGCUGAGUGAGUGUGAGAGACUGCCACGGAGAUUGAGGAUGCCACAGGAC